AUGCCUCACCACUUAACCCAUGUCGAGCCGCUGAACCCAUGUCAAGUCGUUGUUGUAUAUGUCGAGCCGCUGCACAUCGCCGUCUCCUCCUAUUCAACGUCGUCUUCAUGGUCAACCACUUGUCGAGCGAACCAGUACAACGCCACGAGUCGUCUACGUCGUCAUCAGGCAAGACCUUUGCCUGCGGGCAUACACCUGCCGUCCUGUAGGGUAGUCUUAGAUGGGCAGAAAAGAGGUAUUUUCGUCUCACCGAAAGGUGUUCUUGUGCAUGCUCGUUCCGUUGGAUUGUCUCUUAUUAUAUGGGUCGGAGCAGCAAUUUUGGCUAGUCUUACCGCUAUAAACUACAUUGAGCUUGGUACAAGUAUUCCUGAGUCGGGAGCAGAGUUCGCCUACGUCACAUUUGUAGGGUGGGACCCUAUAGCUUUCUCGUUUCUUUGGUUAUCAACUCUCGUGCAAAGUUCUUCCUCUGCAGCAACUUUGGCACUGACGUUUGGCGAAUAUAUUAUGGUGGCCAUAGAUCCGCUAGUUUGUACGAGUGAUGUGAAUCACAGGUUCGCCGUGCUGCUACUUGCGUAUGGUCUCUUAUUAUUCACGGCACUUAUGAACAUGUUCUCUCUGAGUAAAAUCGCUGCGCGAAUACAAAUGGCAAGCAUGGUUGCCAAGAUUGCCGCACUCAUCAUCAUUAUUGUUAUUGGACUGUACUGCAUGAUCUUUAAAGGAGACACUCAACACUUCAGCAAAGACUACGCGUUUGAAGGCAGUAAUUGGUCACCGGCUCAAAUCGUGCUGGCCUUGUAUCAGGGUAAUUGGGCUUAUGCAGGAUACACUAUACUCAAUUAUGGCAUGGAAGAUGUCCAGAUAAAGAAUUUUAAAAGGACAGUUCCGCUGGCAGUCGUAAGUGGUUUGUUAAUCACUGCUGCUGUGUAUGUGCUUACCAAUGUGGCAUAUUUUUCUGUCCUUACCCCACAGCAAAUUCUCAACUCGACUGCAGUUGCAACGACAUUCUCUCAAGAGACUGUGGGCUCAUUUUCAUAUGUUAUGCCAGCACUCAUUGCUGUUCUUAUGAUAGGAAGCAGCAACGCUGAAAUAUUUGCAUGGAGUAGGUACAUACAAGCUGGUGCACGCCGAGGGAUGAUGCCCACUAUGUUUGCUUUAAUUCACCCUGACAAUGACAGUCCACGCGUAGCUGUUCUGUUCCACGUACUGCUUUCAAUGGCUUUCUGCCUAAUUGGAAAUGUUUAUGAAUUGGUGAACUACGUAACAGUGAUUGCUCUACUAACCACCAUGUUCUCAGUUGGAGCUCUAUCUUACAUCAAAUGGAAAAAGAUGCCCGUUAGCGUCAAUGCAGUUAAGUUUUCGAUCUUCUGGCCGAUUCUCAAUUUUGUAGUAAAUAUCGCUCUAUUGGUUAUUCCCAUAGUUGUUGAGCCCGUCAAGUCUGCAAUUGGAUUUGGACUUUUCAUCCUAGGGAUAGUGGUUUACUUUCUACUUGUCCGGCCAAAAAGGAAAAUACCAUUGCUGAUGAAACUCAACGCCCUUUCAACAUUCGUCUGUCAACAGAUUUUCUGGACGGUUGUUGAAGCAGCACCAACAUAUGAAAAAGAACGCGACUCGACGGUCUCUGAAAAAGAUACCAGUACACCUGUAGAUAACCAAACUAGUAGGAAAAUCACAGACACAGCAUCCAGUAUCACCUCCAGUAAAUUAUCUAGAAGAUCGACGAACGUCAUUCACGACUCGUCAGCAAUAAAACUAUAA